AUGGGGUUACCCCAUAAAUUUAAGGUGUCUGACCUUCCGAAGUAUAAGGGCCUCAACUGUCCCCGCAGUCACCUCACCAUGUGCUGUAGGAAGAUGGCCUCGCACAUUGACAACGACAACCUCUUGAUCCAUUGCUUCCAAGAUAGCCUGGCUGGGGCUUCCUUGGAUUGGUACAUGAGUCUAGAGCAUUCAAAGAUCCGGUCAUGUUGGGAUCUCUCCGAGGCAUUCUUGAAAGAAUACAAGUACAACCUUAACGUGGAUCCUACAAGGCUUCAACUCCAGAAUCAGUCUCAAAGAUCUAACGAAACCUUCAAGGAAUAUGCUCAACAUUGGCGCGAAAUGGCGUUUAGGGUUCGGCCAGCAUUAUCUGACAACGAAUUAGUGGACAUCUUCAUGGGUACGCUGAAAGGGUUGUACUUUGAGAAGAUGAUCAGCAGUUCAUCAACAAAUUUUGAUGGCAUGGUAACCAUUAAGGAACGUGUUAAGAGUGGGUUGAAAUCAAGGAAAAUCACAGACACGAUCACACAACAGACAACCAACAAGAGGUCGCAUGGGGGCUUCGCUAAAAAGAAAGAGGGGGAAGAAAACGUUGUAACAGCGAAGGCUCGCCCCCGAUAUCAAUUUCCGAUGGCCCCUAUGCCAUAUUAUCCGUAUCCAUACGUCGUCGCAGCUCAAUAUCAACAACCGUCAUUCCAGUACCAACCACAGAAAGAGUUGGUGCCGUAUCUGAUCCACGUGGGAGCUAUUGUACCAAGAGAACUUCCGGCAGCUUCUCCUCCUUUCAAUCGCAAUCACAACCCUAAUGCCACAUGCACUUUCCACACAGGGUAUAUAGGACACUCCACUGAGGACCGUUGGGCUCUCAAAACGAGGAUCCAAGAGUUAAUUGACCAAGAGAUUAUGUCGUUUUCCGAAGAAAAACCGAAUGUAAAGAUAAAUCCCUUGCCGAACCACAGUGGCGCAUCAGUCAACACUGUGAUCGAGGAGGAGGCUACCGAAUCUAUACUGAGGGCCGAAGAAGUGAAGACUCUGAUGUCCGUUGUAUUAAAGAAGUUUGAACAGUUUGGGUUUCUAGAAGGGGUACAUGAUGAUUGCAUAGUAUACGAGUUCGAUCCAGAUAACUGCGACCGGCUGAGGGUUGCGUGCAAGAACUGA